AUGGCUCCAGCUCCAACUGAAAAAAAGAGACGUACCUUCAAAACCUUUUCUUAUCGUGGUGUUGAUUUGGAACAAUUAUUAGAAUUGCCAACUGAAGAAUUUCCAACUUUAUGUCGUUCAAGAAUUAGACGUCGUUUUCAACAUGGUUUAAACUCAAAACCAAUGGGUUUAAUUAAAAAACUAAGAGCUGCUAAAUUAGCUGCUCCAGAAAAUGAAAAACCUGCUGUUGUUAAGACUCAUUUAAGAAAUAUGGUUGUAGUCCCAGAAAUGAUUGGUUCAGUUAUUGGUAUCUACAACGGUAAAGUCUUCAACCAAGUUGAAAUUAAACCAGAAAUGAUUGGUCACUACUUGGGUGAAUUUUCUAUUUCUUAUACUCCUGUUAGACAUGGUAGACCAGGUAUUGGUUCCACCAACUCUUCACGUUUUAUCCCUCUUAAAUAG